UUCAUGUACGACUAAGCUUUCCUUCACCUAAAUUGCUUUUACCAUUCUUCCCUACAUGGCUCUCUCUAUCUUGUGUCCUCUUCUUCUUGCCACCUCUCUUUUCAUGCAUAGUUUAGCAGAUAAUUCAUGCACCGAUUGUCUUGUUCAAUCUCGGGCAGCAUAUUACCCAAAUUCUGAACAAAAUGGCACAGAAGUUGGUGCAUGUGGAUUUGGUUCCUUUGGUGCUACCAUUAAUGGAGGGGAUGUAUCGGCUGCAUCUAAUCUUUAUCGAAAUGGUGUUGGCUGUGGUGCCUGUUACCAGGUGAGGUGUACCAAAAGUGCUUAUUGCUCAGGCAACGGUGUCACUGUAGUUAUAACUGACCAAGGCUCAGGAGGUAACACCGACUUCAUUCUUAGCCAACGAGCCUUUGGUGGGAUGGCUCAGAACACUGACGCAGCUGCUUCUCUAUUAGCUCUUGGUGUUGUUGAUAUUGAAUACAGACGUGUUUCAUGCAGCUACCCCAACAAAAACAUUACAGUUAAGAUAGAUGAGAGCAGCAACAACCCUCAUUACUUGGCUUUUGUCAUAUGGUAUCAACAAGGAAGGAGAGACAUAACUGCUGUGCAGCUCUGUGAAGCACAGAACUUUGUAUGCAAGUUACUUGAUCGGAGUCAUGGAGCAGUCUGGACCACUGUCUCUCCACCAAGUGGACCUUUGUCUUUAAGGAUGUUGUUUAGUGCUGAAGAGGGAGAAGAAACAUGGGUCGUUCCUGUUAAUAACAUACCAGAAGACUGGAAGGCUGGAGAAACAUACGACUCCGGGGUACAAGUGGACCAAUAGAGAAGCAGCAAAUGCUUUUGCCCUGUAAUGAAAGAAAUAAAUAAGCCAUCAUAUCAAGUUCAGUCGAUUUACCCUAUUUUAUCCCUCUCUUGUAAUAUUGUUUUUCUCAAAAUUAGUAGUGAGGACUGAGGAAAUUCUCUUUGAUCUUACUAAAAGGGCAAUACAUGCUAUGCAUGUCACCCUACUCCAUAGCAUUACUAUUAAAGUAAUUAUUUUACAAUUUAAAAUAUCUCAAUCUCAUGCAAACAUGUUGAAAUAUCACUUGGUUUCCCACGUAGCUUUCAAUUGAUCAAUAGUUGAGCCACUGGACUUAUCUUUAAUCACUCGCAAGGUAAACAAAAGACAGAUCGAGCAUUGCACCAGUACAGCUCAAUAUUAUUACUAGGAGAAACAGAUAGA